AUGGAAUCGUCCUGCUCGACACCAGGGUCGAGCCGAUCACGUUCAGCGGCAGGGUUACGCCUGCCGCUUCAUUUGCAACAACCGUCAUCGAGUAAUUCAGGCCCAGCCGUGGUGAGCCCGUCUGUGCACAACGUUCGACCUGGCCAAACCUAUGUCACUGUGCAGACGCUUACCAAGGAGAAUCUGGUCAUCGUUGUGAAUCAAAAAACCAAGGUUCACGAUGUGCUGUGGAAAUGUGGGGAGAUUCUGGAAAUCACCGAGGACAAACUGUUUGGACUUGCUUUGCGCCAACCCACUGAGGGAAUAGGUGGAGAUCAACCGAGGCAUGAGUAUUUUUUCCUGGAUCCCGCGCAGAAGAUCGUAAAGUAUGCUCCGAAGCAACCGCGAUUCUCGCAAUGG